AUGAAGGUUGCUAUCGUUAUUGCCGCUCUGAGUGUCGCCGUGACGGCGUUUGAUGGUCCUGCGCCCAUUGACCAUGGUACGCGCAUCGGCAAGAGGAACGGGCAGGAAGAGCUUGGACGCCGCGACGGCGCCAAUAUCCCCGGCUUGAGUUAUUUGGAGCACCGUGAUGAGGAGGAAGCUGCCAAGGUCUAA